GGCGAGGUCAGCAAUUGGUGGGUGAGGCCUUUUUCAUUAAUCUGAGAUAGAUUUCUCUAAGUGACUUUUAUAACAUAAGAUUCGUCAGCUCCGUAAUACUCUCGUUACUGAAGUCGUCUUUAAAGUUUUGUGAUGAUUCAUUGGAUUUCGACCAUUUAUUCAGGAAAAACAUGAUUACUGCCCUUUUACUCUUCACCCUAUUCUUUUUGCUGUGUUUCCAACUGACUAAAAAAAGUUUAUGGAGUCAACUUCGCAUUCCUGAAGUACAUGGAAUACCAAUUGUUGGUAAUCUUCUGCCAGUUGUUCUUAAAAAGAAAAGUUAUUUUGAAACAAUUGAGGAUCUUUAUAAGCUUGGUGAAGGAAAAGACUAUAUUGGGAUUUAUAAUGGUACACAACCUACAUUACUCAUCCGAAAUCCAGAUCUAGUAGAAAUCCUGAUUAAAGAAGAAGCCAAAAACUUUGAAGACCGAGGGUUGUGCUCUGAUUUGUCUGAUCCAUUAUCUUUGAACUUAUUUUUCCUCAAGGGCAAGCUGUGGAAGUGGACCAGGGCCAAACUUCGACCUGCAUUUUCUAACAUUAGACUGAAAACAGUUUUCAAUGGCAUUGAGUUAUGUACUGCUGACUGCGUGAAUUCAUUUGGCUCAUCUGUGGACAUAAAAGAAGUCAUGGACGAAUAUACAUGCAAUGUGAUCGCAAAAAAUGUUUUCUGUGUUCAGGACAAUACUGGAUUUAUUGAAAAUUCUCUUAAGGUUUUCAGUUUAUCUGGAUUAUCAGGUAUUGCUGUUUUGUUAAGGGUAUUCAUUCCUAAUUUUGCCCUUUCAAUUGGUAUAAAGACUGUUCCACAGGAAAUCGAAACAUUUUAUAGAAAUGCAAUUGCCAAGUCAACACGAGUUCCUGGCAGUUUCUUAGAUCUCAUGCUGCACUUAAAGGAGACAGAACCUGAUUUCAGUGAUGACCUAAUGGUGGCACAGUUCUUUAUAUUCAUCCUGGCAGGAUUUGAAACAACUUCCUCAGCUUUAACAUAUGCUUUGUAUUUAUUGUCUAAAAAUCCUGACGCUCAAAAUAAAGCUAGAUUUGAAGCUCAAAAAGUCUUUAAAGAACAUGGAAGAUCAAUUGAUUCAUUAAAAAAAUUGACUUUUUUGGAGGGUAUUAUAAAUGAAACGUUAAGGCUCUAUCCUUCUGUGACUGGUAUGUUUCGAGUAGCAGAAAAACCAUUCAAGCUUCCUUGUGGUGCUGUUCUUCCAGCUGGCACUGCUAUAUCUGUACCAAUUUAUUGUCUUCAUAGGGAUCCAAGAUUUUAUGAAGAUCCUUUAAAGUUCAUACCAGAAAGAUGGGAAAUGCCUCAAAAAGUUUUCUAUCCAUUUGGGCUUGGACCAAGAUUAUGUAUAGGUAUGAAAUUUGCCCUGCUUGAAAUGAAAAUAUUUUUGUCAUCAGUGAUUUUGAAAUACAAUAUUAAAUUAAACAACGCAACUGUCGAACCAUUAUCAUUCGAUCCAACAUCUUUCUUUUACAAAGCUAUAAAUCCAAUACUAUUAGAUUUUGAAAAAACUGUGUAAUUUUUUCCCAUAUAAUAAUAAAUUUUUCGGAUUAAAAUGGCCUGUAGUUAAUAUAUUUUCUUGACUUUA